CUUAUCUCUCCACUCGCUCGUGUGUUUGCUGCUAAAACCAUCCCACAAAAUCAGUAAUCCCCUCCUCAGUCCCCUCUCUCUCUCUCUCUCUCUCUCUCUCUCUCUCUCUGUAGUUUGGAUGAUUCUCAUUGAAUUUUCGAGGUCUGGAAACAAGAUAAAUUCUGGGCACUCCCUUUCCAUUUCUUGAUUUUCAAAUUGGACUGAAUACCCAGUAAGAUGGCUUUGUCAUUCUUUAGAGGGAUUCAAUCUCGCCCUUUUUUGCUUUACCCAUCUGGAUUUUUUCCAAGAAAACAUGCUCUAUUUUAUUGCACAAUGAAAAGCACACAAACCCAAAUUGCAACACAUGAAAAGCAAGAACCCCAAUUGAAAGUUUCAACACAAUCCAAAAGACUGGAUAAAAUUUCAAAAGAUUUUGAGGCAGUCAUUGGUAUAGAGACUCAUGUACAGCUCUCUACUAUCACCAAGGCCUUUUGUAGUUGCGCUUACAAUUAUGGGUCUCAACCAAACACCACUGUUUGCCCCAUUUGUAUGGGUUUGCCUGGAGCAUUGCCAGUUUUGAAUUCGAAGGUUAUCGAGUUCGCGGUUAAACUGGGUCUUGCACUUAAUUGUAAAUUGUCUUUGAAUUCAAAGUUUGAUAGGAAACAAUACUUUUACCCGGACCUUCCCAAAGGCUACCAAAUAUCUCAGUUUGAUGUCCCAAUUGCAACCGGGGGUUUCAUUGAUUUGGAUCUUCCAGUUGAGUAUGGAGGUGGGCAUAGGAGGUUUGGCAUUACUAGGGUUCAUAUGGAAGAGGAUGCCGGAAAGCUACUUCACACUGGAAAUGGGAGUUACUCCGAGGUUGAUUUGAAUAGGGCUGGGGUACCUUUGCUUGAGAUUGUUUCGGAACCUGAUAUGAGAACUGGUAUUGAAGCUGCAGAGUAUGCAGCAGAAUUGCAGAGGUUGGUUCGGUUUUUAGGAGUGAGCAAUGGCAAUAUGCAAGAAGGUUCACUUCGUUGUGAUGUCAAUGUCUCCGUCCGACCCAUUGGGCAAUUAGAGUUUGGUACUAAGGUUGAGGUCAAGAACUUGAACUCUUUUUCAGCAAUAAGUAGGGCCAUUGAUUUUGAGAUCUCGAGGCAGGUGCUUCUCCACAAUGAAGGCGAGAGCAAUCAGAUUGUACAGGAGACUCGUCUUUGGGAUGAGGGUGCUCAGAAAACAGUUACAAUGAGAAAGAAGGAAGGACUAGCUGAUUAUCGUUAUUUUCCUGAGCCUGACCUUCCAGAAGUUAUUCUCGGUAAUGAGUACAUCAAUGGAAUUCGUGAUUCUUUACCCGAGCUUCCAGAAAUGAAGCGUCGGAGGUAUGAGCAAAUGGGUCUAAGCAUGCAAGAUGUUAUUUUCCUUGCCAAUGACAUAAAUGUUGCAGAUUUUUUUGAUGCAACUAUUGCCAAGGGCGCUGAUGUAAAGCUUGCAGCCAAUUGGAUAAUGGGGGAUAUUGCUGCCUAUAUGAAAAAUGAAAAGUUGUCUGUAAAUGAGAUUAAACUUACCCCACAAGAGCUGGCUGAGCUGAUAGCCUCAAUAAAAGGUGGUACAAUUAGUGGAAAGAUUGGUAAAGAGAUACUGUUUGAGUUGAUGGCCAAAGGUGGAACUGUCAAGGGAUUGAUCACAGAAAAGGAUUUGGUUCAGAUAGUAGACCCAGUUGAAAUUCAGAAAAUGGUGGAUAAAGUGAUUGCAGAGAAUCCAAAGCAGCUGGAACAGUAUCGUGGCGGAAAAACUAAGUUACAAGGUUACUUUGCUGGCCAGGUAAUGAAACUAUCGAAAGGUAAGGCAAACCCGGGGCUUCUGAACAAGAUCCUUUUGGAGAAAUUGAAUGCCAAGAGCUGAUAAUGUUAUAGCCUGAUUAGAGAUAUUUUGCUUCACCAACUGCAAACUACUGCUAUCAGUGAUUUGGUUCUGAAGAUUUGGUGUUCAUCAACCUUACCUUCUUCAUGAAUUGAGUUAGAACAAGUCCAAAUUGGAUGGUCCAUAUGAGAUCGCCCUUGUAAACUUAUUUGUCAAACAGGAAAACCUAUAGUUUUUCUUCUUCUAUACACGGGGAAUAAACUCUUGGCUGACUGGUAUGUGUUCAUUAACUUGACAUUUUUCCCUCGUGUAAACCGUAUUUGUUACAAAUCCGAUGUUAGCUGUUGACUGGAUCGUAAUUUUCUUGUGACCUCUUCUUGAUGAUAUGGGGCUAAAUUCAACAAUUAGCUGUUCACAAUGAACAAUUCUUUU